UGUUGUGUGUGUGUGUGUGUGUGUAAAUAACAAUAAGGAAAAUCUGUGGUUGAGAACUCAAAUAAUUCGAGUGGAUUUUGAUGGAAUAGAGAUUGCUGAAAAUUGUGUUAAUCUGAAACACUUUGCAGUGUGGAAUAAAUUAUGCCGACUACUUGGUGACGACAGCAGAAAUGGUUAAACAAAGGAAAGCUUUCACAAAUCUAUUGCACAUUCCGUUUCUGCCACCAUGAGGGCGGAUUGACUAAAAAUAUAAUAUCACAAACUUCAAUUUUAUUUGCGUUUUGUUCAUAUUUACUUUGGUGGGAUUCAAGUUCCAGUCAAAGUGGGGGAACUGACUUUUUUAAUGUUUGCAACAAUUUGGUCUCCUUUGAAAUUACACCACACUGAAGGGUAGAAGUUCACUAAACAAACUGGGACCCCGAGUAGUUUACUCCUGCUAUAAGUGUUGGUUUAACCUCCGUCAUCAAGUGAUUUCGUUUCUGGAUAUCAAAAAGAAGAGGGGAAAAAGAACAGUCCCAGGACGGAAAUUUAGGAAAACUGCAGGCUCCAACUUUUGCGCUUUAUUUGCCUCAAAUCUGUGCGACGCGGAUGUCACAUAUGGUCACAAAUAGUUGAAGGGAAACUUUUACUGCACCAGCUACUUCCUUCUCUUUGUUCUUGUCUCUUUUAUGGGCUAUUCAGGAUCCCAAACAACAGACCAAACAGUGUUGCACGUUUAGGCUGCACGAAUUCACUCCAUUGAAGAAAUCAAUGAGGUGAACCAAUAGGCUGUUGCAGCCAGUGGGGCUGCGUUUAACAGACUUUUUCAAUAGCGUUAUUGAUUGUUGUUGUUAUUAUUAUUAUAUUGCUAUCUGAUGCGGCUUGUUUAAAAAAAAUAAAAUAAAUUAAAGUAAAUUAAAAAACAAAACAAAAACCGGCCACAUUAAUUUGGAAAACUACUUCGAAAGCACGUGUGGCGUUUUAGUUUUAAUUCAUCUGAAAAGUUUUUCUAAAAUGAAAAUGAAAAUUAGCGCACUGCGAUCUCGUCUAAUGCAGAUUUUGGAGGCAGCUCGUUUAGGUCAAAACACGUGAUCAAGUUUUUCUAGAAUUCUGCAAAACGCCUCUAAAGUAAUUUCCAAACCCAUCAUUUGGUGCUGAGAUAAUAAUCGGUUCCCGUUUCCUCUGUGUGUGUGUCACAGGAAUGUCAAAGCACGAUCACAAGGAGAGAGAGAAAAAAGAGACUGGAACAUCUGCAUAAGCAUUUUAACAUGUUGCCUAUUACAUUUUUUGCUUAAUUAAUUUGAAGUAAAGUGUUCUUUAUUGUGAGUUUGAACAGACUAUACCUGAGAAAUAGCAGUGAGCAUUGAUGAGCAGGUUUGCACGAUCGCACAACUGAUUGGAUUCUUUUUUCAAGAUGGUGGCAGAAGUCAUCUUCACAGGAGCAUUUUUUUUCAUUCUUUUUUCCCCUUUCUGUGCCAUACCUGUCCUGCACGCGAUUGUGUCUUUGCUUUGCCUCCACACGCUGUGCAGUGCUUUUUGAUUCUUAGCGGGAGAGAUUGCUGCCUGUGUUUCAAGGCUUUGCUGCAGAGAUAGUUGUUGGUGAGCUGGGGAACGUCACUUGUUUUAUUGCCCUCACAGAAGAGAGACCAUAAACGCAUUCUUACCGCCGACACCCUCCCCCAGGUCACUGCAAAAGCAUGGAAAUUGGAAAGUCGUUGAUAUGGCUGAGAUAAACAGCAGUGUAUGUUGUAUUAUGGAUUAAAACUGGGUAUAGGACACACACAUGCGCACACACGAUCACUCACACGAGAACUUAGUAUGACAGUUCAUGGCUUUGCAUUAGUAAACAGCUUUAAUAUCCGUGUUAUUUUUUCUAUUGGUCACUAUUUAAUAGGCAUUUUGUAUAAUAUUUCACGUGUUUUUCAUUAGAAUUCUCCAUCUCCUUCCUUCCUCUGAAUGUGGUCUCUGUCCUGAAUGACAUUGGCCACGCUUUCCAUCUUGCUUUCUGCUUAAACGACACAUGCUCAUAAACUUCAAGCCAAAAACUUCUCACUCAGCCAAGCUGUAUAGUGUGCCACUCCAAGUCUACGUUGUGUUUAUCGACAUUUAGCCGUAAUGUUCAAGCUCUGAGCUAAAAGCUACAGUUUCUCCUCAACUCCUGCCUCUCAAUUGGUUGAGAAUGGUCAGCUGACAUUGUCAUAUUGUCUCUCACCGAGCCAAGCCUCGGCUAUAACACUCGGGUUUGUGCGUCUUAACCGGAGAUUGGAAAUUAAUAAUAUUGAAUCCUCAAAGUAGCUCACGUCCAGUUACAGAGGCAGAAAGUCGAGGAAAAAAAGAAGACCUUGGAGAAAGGUGUGGUUGGUUGACACAGAGGGGAAGGAGAUUUACUGAGAAGGAGAUUGAAAAGAGACCGAUAAAGAAGUGGGGAGAGUUGGAGAGAGGGUUACAAGCAAGGUAUGAAUUCUUAUUUCGCGAACCCGUCGCUCUCCUGCCAUUUAUCCGGUGGUCAAGAUGUUUUGCCUAACGUACCCCUAAACUCCACCACCUAUGACACAGUUAGACAUUUUUCGUCGUACGGUGCCGCUGUGACCCAGAAUCGGAUAUAUGCACCUUUCUACUCUCCUCAAGAUAAUGUGGUGUUUGGGUCUGGCAGGGCACAGUAUGAGUAUGGAUCAAACGUGUUUCUUCAAGACAAGGACGUGCUUCCCAGCUGCAGACAAACAAAUAUGGGACUCAAUACACAAAGCCACAUUGCUCAAGAGUACAGUCUGGAUCAAGGAAGAGCAGCAGCUCAGGAGCAGAAAAGUAACAUCCCGAUCUACCCGUGGAUGCAGCGAAUGAACUCACACGGCGCAGGAGUCGGCUACGGGACAGACAGACGCAGAGGACGACAAAUAUACUCUCGUUACCAAACGCUUGAGCUGGAGAAGGAAUUUCAUUUCAAUCGCUACCUGACCAGGCGCAGACGCAUCGAGAUCGCGAAUGCGCUUUGUUUAACAGAGCGGCAGAUCAAAAUCUGGUUUCAGAACCGACGCAUGAAAUGGAAGAAAGAGAGCAACCUGACCUCCACGGUGACAGGAACUGAACAGACAGGAGCGUCUCAAGAGCAGGAACGCAAUGGCGCAAUGGAAGAAGGGAAGGAUGAAGACAAGAAGAAAGAAUAGCUCAAAAUAAUAAUAAUAAUAAAAAAUUAUAAAAACCACACGAUGACCAUUACAAACCAACAUAACUACCUAAAAAUCUACAUGGACUCGAGAGCGACUUCACCGCAUGAUUGCUACCACGCAGCUCUCACCAAUUUUAUUUCGUGUUGGACCACAGGAGUGUUGAUCCUUAGAAAUCCAAAAUUAUUUCAGCCACAGUUUGGCCGCUGUGUUGUGUGGAGAACUGAGGGUUUUUUGUUUUUGUUUUGUUUUUUAUUGCAAAUAUCACACUUGUAUUGUGGAAAUAAAAAGAAGUAUUAAUUUCUACCUAUCUUCCUAUGCCAGGAAAUCUGUAUAUUUACCUACCCCCCUCUCACACACCCAUCCAUCACUGUGAAACUCUUUGAUCACCUCACUAUAAUACAGUGUUGAUCUGACUAAACUCAUUACUGUACAUGCGCAUUCCAUGGAGGCAAAAGAGCGGGCGGACACUUGAUCACAAUGUAAUCUAUUACUUGAAUCGUCCGCAGGAAAAUGGGCCCUGCAUCAAACUAAAAGUAGUAGUCUCCAGUCCGAACACACACAUGCACACACAGACACGCACAGACACACACGCACACACACGCGCGCGCGCGAACACACACAAACAAACAAAAACCAUAAUGUCUGUACAUGAUAAAAGUAACGGUAUAUAACGUAAAUCCCGUGGAAACGUAAUGUGCAUUUAGCCGCUUUGGUAGACGCUGCAUAACAUAAGAUCAUUGACCAUUUGACACAACAUGCUUCCUCGUGAGAUAGAUUUGUACACUAGUAAUUCUUCACCUUUGUUUGAGAGUCAAACAUUAAUGUUUUGUCAUAACUGUGUAUCACGGAAUAAAAUGUUUGUAAAACUUUCACCUUCGUCUUGUCUGUUUCAUGAGUCAGAUGAAGACAGAUCCCAUAAAUACGUAAUAAAAAUACGAAGAGAUUUCCUAAACGUGGACUGUGAAAGUUUGCUAUUUCUUUCUUCUUUUGCUUUUCUUUAAAUUUUAAAGAUUUUUUUUGUCGUGGCCUGUUUGGUCCGGAAGCUGUGUAGGCAAGAAAGGGAGGAUUUGACGUUAAACAUAUAUUUUUAAGCAAUUUUUGUUUCUCCAAAACAUGAGACCUGUUUGUUCGACGCCGAUAUUGGUAUGGCACAGGAAUUAGCUACUGUUAAGCUACUGUUAAACACGAUAACAUCCCCGUAGCUGUAGUAAUAUAAACUCCCAACAACGUUCAAGUUUCAAGUCCAUCCGCGUAGAUAUAUUUUAACCUAGCUUUAUUAUUAUUAUUAUUAUUAUUAUUAUUAUUAUUAUUAUUAUUAUUAUUAUUAUUAUUAUUAUUAUUAUUAUUAUUAUUAUUAUUAUUGGUGAUGGUGGACUGGCAGCGGGUCCAGGGCACAGAGCUGACCGGUCUUGACCGUCUUGCCCCAUACCAGACACCAGAUGACGCUCUUGUCUUACUGUCCUGCCCUUUUUGCGCUAAAGAUCCCUGCCUGGUCCUCAACAACCAACAGCUCAAAGUUUACCGGACACGUUUCUCCUAUUCAUCAAUAUCCCCAUUGAGUAUCAAAGCCAAUUUAUGACUGGCCAACAUGCGCACGUGAUCCCGUACAAAUACCCCAUAUUUGGGCAGCCCACGUCGGAUCAAGAAUUAAAAAAAGAUACCAAAGCCUACUCCACCUAUAAAUCCUGGAUUAUUUUUUAGGGCAGACAGCUGUGAAUUUUCCAAAAGCGGCAACAAAGAAAAGCAAUGAUCAACAAAAACAAGGAAAUACCCGCAACGUGUAGCCCGCAGCCCUGUCUAGUUUAAAAAGAAAGUGU